AUGUACCGUUUACUCAUCUCUUUGGUUAUUCUACAAACUGUGGCGGGUGGGAAAUGGUGCGAACGCCAUCCCAACGUCUGCUCCCACAAACAUCACGAUUACCAUAAAGUUCAUGAUAAAGAUGGCAAUUUCCACGAACUAUCCUGGGACCUCGUCAACUUGUCCAGGAAAGCGCAGAGGAUGUGCGAUAAAGAAGUCACCAUUACCGAAGUUUACGGAAUGGAUUACUAUCUGCUGUCUGCUUCUUUACCUAACUUCAGCUCGGAAGAUAUUACUGUGAAAGCGAAGCACCGCGUGCUCUUCAUUCAAGCUUAUAAGGAGAACAGUACCGAAAAAGUUACGUCGCUAUUGAAAGUUCUACCGGAUUUUUUAAAAAUGAAGGAAGGUAUUUGGAACUUUGUUGAUGGUCACCUAGAAGUGAACAUACCUUAUACCGUAAAUAUUGGCGCUGAGAUUACACAGAAAUGUGAAACUAACAUUGACGAAUCCAUCAUCACUAUGAAUAAACAGGAAAUUGAUAUGAGAUUUGGCGCGGUCACAGAGGUUGCUUUUUAA